AUGGCGACAGGCACCCAGUAUGAUAACACUAUAAACGUGGAUGAAUUGUUGUUGCCAGCUACCCAAAAAGAGAAGGAUGGAUGGACUGGAUGGGUCAAAUUACAAGGUGAACCGUGGGCGUUCAACGCGUUGAUGAGGCACUUCGGCCUUGCCAACCUUCGGUGGAUACAGGCAACAGCUCUGGAUUAUAACGGCUUUAUAGACUCCCAGGCCCUCCCCGAUGGCACCAGACUAUACGCCAUGAUUGUCGUCGGACGCCCCUACUGGGCACUAGAUAAAGGGCAGCGACCCUACCAUCGACCAGGAAUCUGGUUUGCGAAUCAACUAAUCACAGAUGCAUGCGGGACCAUCGCGUUGAUGAAAGUCCUCGGCAACCUUCCUGAUGGAUUGAUCGAUAGCGAGCAAAUGGCGGAGUUUUUCGCCACUACCGAAAGCCAUAAUCAAGUUCAACGAGGGGAAGACAUCACCGGAUUUGAGGAUUUGAGAAGCGCUCACAACGCGUGCGCGAGGAAGAUGGAAAUGUUCAUGCAAGACGCCAAAGUCAUCACAGGCUACACCCCAAACGCCCGCAAGGGGCGACCAGGGCCAAAAUCUCUUGGGGAAACUUCAAACGUACCACCAGGUGAAAUUAAUCUCACCCAGGGCACGCUUGAACAUUUUGUUGCAUAUUCACCUAUCGGGAACCAGUUGUGGUAUUUGAACGGCCUGGAUGAGUGGCCCAGAUAGCUCCACGACUACGAAGAACUCCCCUUAAACUGGUUAGACUGGGCGUCGGAGGAUUUGGCCGACUUGUUUGAGCCAGACGGCGCUGCGCAUGCUAUGCUUGUCCUAGUGGAGGAUACACAGGUAAAUACU